AUGCUCCAAUUCAAGCUCCCCGGCCUCCAGGACGCCGGUGCUCUAUAUGCUAUAGUGCCGAAGGGUCUGGGAGCUUGGCAUAAGCUUCGAACAUUAAUUGGCUGGACUUCGCUGAGAAGGAUCAGACGUGUUCUCCGCACCUUGGCCGUGCGAGUCGUCUUGUAUCCGACAAAGAUGAAGGCACUAUACUUUAGAUAUUUCCGACAUGACUCGCGCCCGCGGGAACACAUGGAAAGGACUUCCAAGGGUCGUCCAGUACGGCAAGGCCAACCCGGUGGGAACGGAUAUCUGCAUAUACACAGCUUCACAGCAAUACCGAACCGUGUCCUUACACCGCCAGUGAGGCAUGAGGGUAAUUGCCGCCAGGAGGAGCUCAAAUACCGCCGAUUGAGAUUCAGAUCGGAGGUCGCCCGUGUAUCAAUCAGAUUCACAGAUCAGUGA